UGGCGUUAGAAUGGGAUUAUAUUGUAGAGCUAGGCCGGCCAAAAAUUUCAUAUAUACUUCCGGCCUUUGUAACCCACCCCCUAUCCCAUCCCAGCUCCCACUCGUCUUUUGUGUGGGUGUCUGGGGGUUGAAAGAGAAGUGAGCGUGACUAGCUGCCCCCUUUCCCCAGUCCAGGGUUCGCGGUGAGUGGGGGUCGGGCCGAGCUGUACAGGGUGGUUGCCGCUGGCAGUCUCAGGGCAGGGAGGGUCGGUGCAGCUGUGGCCCGGUGGGACCAUCCAAACCGGCUCCCUCUCCUUGGCACUGCCUCUUGGCUCUCCCUGAACCUUUCUCCUCCCUUCUCCUUCCUUUCCACCAUUCCUUCUUCACCUUUCCUCGUCUUUUUUUUCUCCUCUUUGCAUUCCCAUCUAUGAAUCUUAUUUGCUGUUAAUUCUUUUCCCCUGCUCUCUCUUGCCCCUUUUCUACCCUGUUCCCUCCCUCUUCUUCCUCUAGUCUCCGGCUUAGUCCUUUACCGUUGCACACUUCUUCCUGAUCCUAACAGCUGAUAAAAACUGCCUCCCGAUGCUGGGAAAGGGAGGAGCAAAAAAUAAAAAGCCUUCUCCAAGACAUUUUCCUUUUUGUUUUCAGUUAAGCACAAGCCUCUCGUGUCUUGGUUUUGUUGUUAGAGACCCUAGACUUGAAUUUUAAUUCAUUCACUAUUAUUCACUAUUCCCACUAGCUAAAGCUGUGGGAAAGACCAGGUGCUUCUUGGGACUUACCAUUAAAAUGAUUGGGUUGCAUUAAAUCUGGGGUUCUUAGCUUUUUUAUAGUACCAUGGAUUAUUUUGGCAGUCGGGUGAAGUCUAGUACUUGUGGGUCUUGUUACGUUCAAAAUUGAAGGAAAUGAUAAAUUUCGGUUGGAAGAUAAUGAAAGUAAAAAAGUAACUUUUUUUUUCCUCUCCAAGUUUAUAAAUCCCCUAAAAUCUAUUCUAGGGCCUUAGAUUAAGGACCUCUGGACUAAAUGAUCUUCAAGCUCCCUUUUAGUUCUGAGUACUGCCUUCCAAUAUGUUUACUUGGAAUUUCACACUUUUAAUUUAAAACGUAUUUACCUACAGGGUUGGAAAGUAUAAGAUAAUAAGGAUGACAGAAAGCAGGUUGCACCCAAGUACUACUAUUCUAGCUCAAUCUUUCCUGGUUGUUUCACCAGUCUUUCUCUAUGGCUAAGACUUUCUGUAUAAAUGAAUCAAUUUAACCAUAUAUUUAUCAAGCACCUACUUUGUGGUAGGAAAUGUGUCAGACUUGGGGUAUACAAAUACAAAGAAUGAAACAAUCCUUGUUCUCAAAGAACCUCUAGUAGUAGAGAAAAGAACAAGUGUAUGCAGAAUGAAUAUAAGGAAAAUAAAGAUAAAUCAAGGUAGUUCAAUGCAAAUUAGUUUGGGAGUAAAGGCACUAGCAGUUGUAGGAAAUAAGGAAACACUUCAUGUAGAAAUGUGAUGCUUUCACUGCAUCUUCAAGGAAGAAGGGAUUCUUCAAAGCAGAAGUGAGAAGAGAAUGCAGUUUGGACUUGGAGCACCAAAGAUGUUUUAAGUACAAGAAUAAGGCCAAUCUUACUGAAUUGUAAGUUUGGGCAAGAAGUAAUUGCUGUACAAUGAGUUUGAAAAGAUAGGUUGGAGUUGGAUUAUAAAGGGUGGUGAAAACUAAAUAAGUUUAUAUUUAAUUCUAGAGGAAGUUUGGAAAAACUCUAGAGGAGUUUAUUGGAUGAAUGAAGACAGUGGCAUAAUUAGAUCUGUGCUUAAGGAAAAUCAUUGACAACAGUAAAUAGGAUGAACUGGAUCAGAGAGAGAUUUGAGCCAGGGAUACCAGUUAGAAAGUUGUUGCAGUCAUCUAGGUGAGAAAUAACAAGGGGUCCUGAGCCAAGGGUAGCACUGUGAGUAGUGAAAAGGGGUUGAAUAUAAGAGGUACUGUGAUUGUGGAAGCAGUAAGAAUAUGCAAUAAGAUUGAAGGAGAAGUCAAAGAUAAUGUUGAGGUUAUGAAUCUGGAAUAUGGGAAGAAUGGCAAUACCAUUCCAAAAUCAGGGAAGUUUGAAAGAGGGAAUGAUUGGAGUAGGAGAAGGAAAUAAAUUCUGUUUUAGAUAUAUUACGUUUUGAGAUGUCUCUUUGGACAUUGAAUUUGGAACAGCCAAUUAGCCACCAGUUUUGGGGAGACCACAGAUUGAUACAUAGAUCUGAGAGUUACUUGCAUAGAAAUAAUUAAAACCCUGGGAACAACUUCGACUACCAAAGAGGGAAUAGAGAGAAGAAAAUGGAGCCUUUGAAAAACACAUAGUUAAGGGUCAAAUAGAGAUCAGCACAAAUUGGAUGGUUAAUUAGUCUUGGCCUUUUUUGGUUUUGUUUCUUGCUCUUAUUUGUACAUUUUAUUGGGAUUAAAUACUACCUUUCCAAAUCACAGCUAUCUACUGAUUCUUCUUUUUAAGUUAACAUUAUAAAACCAUAGAAUGUUAGAUGUGAAAGGGUCUUUUAUCAUCAGAAGUUAAGAGAGGGGAAAUGAUUUACCUAUGGUCACUCUGUAAAUUAGUGGUAAAAUCAAGACUAAUCUUGAUCUAAUUCAGUAUUCUUUCCACUAUGUCACAGUGUUCAUUAUUCUUGUAUCUAAGUAUUUUAAAGUCAGUAGAUGAGUGAACUUUGUAAGCAUUUAGAAGUAUUACUAGUCUUUGUCAUUUCUCUAACAGUAAUUUCACAAUAUUUCUUUAUCCCUGUUUGAAUAGCCUGACUUCUUAUUGCCAUUAAGUGUUCAAUGCUGUUUUUUUGUACAGGUCAAAUGUUGGGUUCAGAGAAUUGCUUUGUUCCUGAAAGAGAAAAUCAAGAGCUGGACUUUGAUUCCUGAAUCAUAUGUUCUAUCUGGAGUAAGUGGCACCCUCUGAGUCUUGAGUGAUGUCUACAGAAUCCAGGGAAGUUGCAUUACUGAUCCCUAGAUCUCCACAGAAACAAGAGAGACCUCUGAAAAUGGAGCUGGGGGAGGUUUGUGCCUGGGAAAAGGAACCAGACCUACAGUGGAACACAUCCCUUGAUGGGGAGAUUUUUCGCAAACGUUUUAGGUAUUUCUGCUAUGAGGAAACUCCUGGACCACGUGAAGCUCUGAACCAACUCAGAGACCUUUGUCAGAAGUGGUUGAGACCAGAUAUUCAUACUAAAGUGCAGAUCCUAGAGCUACUGGUACUGGAGCAGUUUCUGACUAUCCUGCCUGAAGAACUACAAGUCUGGUUGCAGGAGCACCAUCCAAAGAGUGGAGAACAGGCAGUGACUAUGUUGGAGGAUUUAGAGCAAGAGCUUGAUGAGCCAGAUCAGCAGAUUAGAGCCUCUGCUCACAGAAAAGAGGAAAUUUUGGAGGAGUCAACACUUCUAGGAACAUCACAGAAAUCCCCUUGUGUUCAGCUCCAGGCUUCACAGGCUCACCUCAAGUAUGAGUUUCCAGAAUCUCACUUCCAACUAGAAAAAGGUGUGCAUAAUCAGACUGAGGAACACUUAACUCCAAAGCAAGAAAUGUCUAUAGAAAAAGAACUGCAUGAAGAUAUCUCUGGAAAUCUUAAUGGGAAUAUUCCACUGGUUUCAGAGUGUGAAAAACACUUUAAGGGUAGAUUAAGAAAAAAGAAGGAAAAUCUGCUGGGCCAAAGACAACAUAAAGAUAAUGAAUGGGGAAAAAAUUUUACUUGGAACUCGGGCUUCAUUAGGAAUCAAAGCUCUUAUUCUACAGAAAAACACUGUGGAUGUGAUGGAUGUAAGAAAGCCUUCAGUCAGAGUUCACAUCUUCUUAAUCAUCAGAGACUUCAUACUGGAGAGAAACCCUAUGAAUGUGAAGAGUGUGGAAAAGCCUUCAGUUAUAGCUCACACCUUAUUCUUCAUCGGAGAAUCCACACAGGGGAGAAGCCUUAUGAGUGUGUUGAGUGUGGGAAAUCAUUUAGUCAAAGUUCCAGUCUUAUCCAGCAUCAAAGAAUCCACACUGGGGAGAAACCCUAUCCAUGUAAUCAGUGUAGUAAAAGUUUCAGUCGAAGCUCAAAUCGUAUUUUACAUCAGAGAAUCCAUACGGGAGAGAAACCUUAUGAAUGUGAUAAGUGUGGAAAAGCUUUCAGACAGAAAUCUGCCCUUGUUCUGCAUCAGAGAAUCCAUACAGGAGAGAAACCUUAUGAAUGUGAAGAAUGUGGGAAAGCCUUCAGUCAGAGCACAAAUCUUAUUAAACAUCAGAGAAGCCACAAUGGAGAAAAAAAUCCUUUAAACAUCAUGAGUAUGGGAAAAUUUUAAUUAGAACUCAGAUCUUUGUUAUCAAUACAAAAAAUAACAAAACGAAACAACAACAACAAAAAAAAAACACUGGAGAAAAUUUCUUCUUGUAAUCACCAUAGUUUAAAAUGUUGUUACCCAUAGAUUUCUUAUUUGAACAGCAUAAAAGCCUCUCCAGACAGAAGCUCCAUUAAUAUAACAAAUAAAGAAAAAAAAGUUUAAAAAAAAAGCAUCGAAACCUUGUCUAGCAAUAUUAGUAAUGGUUUGUGAGUCAGUCAACAAACAUUAAGCAUCUGCUUUAUGGGGAUUUCAAUAUAAAUACAAAAGCCAAGACUUCCUACUUUCAAAAUACUUAUAUUCUACUUAGAGGAUUUACAUGUUUUCAAUAAAUAUAAUCCUAGCCUUUUUCUUCAAAAAUUGUUUUAAAAUACUUUACAUGGGAUCACAUUUCUACUUCUACAUAUACAUUCCUAUUCUUAUUGUAAAUGAUAAAAUUAUUAGGAUCCUCUGUUGUCAGAAUUCACUCUUUGAACCAACAAUUUGUCAGUGUGUAAAUCUAUAGUAUUUAUACCCUCUAUUUGAAAUCUCUUGAUUAUUAUUAAAUGCAUCUUAUAAAGACCAAA